AUGGGACUACCGCAGUUAGAAAAUUGUUGCUUCGUUUUGGAUCUGAAGACUGGUAACAUUGUUAUGGGGUGCUUGAAUGCGCUAUUAUCAUUCACAAUGUUCGUGAUAAUGAUCGUGGUCGCCAGCACUUUAGAACCUAUCAAAUACGCCGCAGAAGAGGAAAGGGAUCUGAACGCUGAAGCCGCGGCCACGGGCCUGUAUGUGAUGUCAAUCAUACUCGUACUGAUGUUCUUAGCCAAGUUCUGUUUCGACAUGUUCUUCGUUUACGGUGUUAUUAUGGAGCGUGCCAACAUCAUCAGAGCGUACUUUGUCAUGUGGGUGGUGUUCUUGCUUCUUUCCGUCUUCACGUUCUUCCUGAAUGCACCAGGUUAUGGCGCUGGAACAAUCUGCAUGGAAGUUUUCUAUAUUGGUUUGAAUAUCUACGCCAUCUUGCUGAGCCACAGUUUUUACAAAUUACUCAAUACAAGAGAAGAGGUAUAAGAUUAG